AUGGAUCGCCACGUCAGACUCGAUGUCCAACUUCCUCCUACCCUCUCUUACUCGGAUCCUAAAGAUCCUCAACUCACUUGUACUUUUACCCUAAUCAACAGCGCCACCCCGGUGACGCUCGUUCGACUGGAUGCACGGCUGGUCCCUAUAGUCAACUGCCUUACUAUCUCCGAAACAGAUACCGGGGCCAUGCCCCAAUUACCUACGGUCGACACCUAUCGCAAAGGGCCGCCAGGCACAGCGACCCAAGAAGAUAUGGAUCGCUUGCUCACACUGCACCCUGAUAUCCCGUACGUGAUGUCUCAGAGCUUUAGACCGCUUGGGCAUGAGAAAUUCACCCCAGAGAAUACUGGCACAACGAGAGAAGGUAAAUACGGAUUUUGGAGACUCGGAAUGCAUCUGUUGAAAACAGGGCAGCGGUAUCGCUUGGAUGCGAUCGAGGGCCUAGGCACACAUGCUUGGAUGGAGGGGGAUAAAAUCGACUUGUUCGGCAAGCCUUGGGAGAAUUCCCCAGUUAAGAUACCCAUCCGACCGGGGGAGGGAGUCGAAUUUCAAAUACUAGAGGAUGGAACCUAG